AUGCCCGAGACGUCGUCGGCGUCAGCGAGGCGCGGAAAUGGAGAACCAAAGGCAAGGCCCAGCACCUUUGCGCGGAUGGCGACCAUUCAGGAAGAAAUUGUACAGAUAGAACGUCGUUUGUCCUCUCUACGGGCCACAGGGAACGCGGAGGAGUCGAUGGGUGAAGCAGACCCUCAGGAGGACAUUGAUCCCUCCGUGGCGCACAUGCUUUCUGUUGAGCUCUGCCAACUGGCUGCGAACGGCGACAGUGUGGGGGUGCGCAUACUACUUAACUGCGGCGCCGACACGGACUGCAGGGACUACGACGAGCAGACGCCACUGCACAUUGCUAGCGCCUUGGGCCACGUACAGGUAGUUCGACUGCUGCUUGACUUUGGCGCGGAUCCUGCACUCUUGGACAAGGGCGAGAAGACGCCGUUGAAGCUGGCGGAGGAAAAUCACCACAACGACGUGGUGCAGCUCCUCCUGAAGCACUCUGAGGUCCACCGUCAGGAGAUGGACGCCUGCAGCAAGUCGGAUAGUUCUCUCCUUGAUAGUCCCCUCACAUACGGGCAUCGGGACUUUUCCCAGGUUCCACAGCCAAUGAUGGGAACUCUUAUUGUCAUCAUGGUGGGCCUUCCUUUGCGGGGCAAGACGUUUAUCGCUAAGCAGAUUCAGCGUUACUUUCAAUGGAAUGGGCUACCAAGCCUGAUUUUUACCCGCUCCAGCUAUGAAGGUAAGCUUGCGGAGGAAAGCGUCUCUGCAUGCACCGCACUGAGUGCAGCGGAGGUGGAGUCGCGUGUUGCCGCAGCCCUCGCAAACGACAUGACACAAUUUAUAGUUGAAACCGACGGUGUGGCGGUGUUGGACGACACAAACUGCAGUCCGUCGACUCGGCGGGCGUUGAUGGGGGCAAUUAAAGAAACGGGUCGCAUUCGGCCGAACCGCGUCGUGUUCGUGGAGGUUGUGAACAAUAAUCCGGAGAUCACGGAGUCAAAUGUGAAUCACUUGAAGGAAAUGAAUCCGGAGACGCCGGAUACUUUCGUCGAGGACUACUACGCAAAGAUUGAGCAGCUGAAAACGGUGUACAAAUCCCUGAGUCCCACCGCCGACAAGGACCUCACAUACAUCCGCAUCGAGGACCAGGUAACGUACGCGCUCAACAACAUCUCUGGCUGGAUGCCUUCACGACUUUUCUACAUGCUGCAUAACUUAUGCCACGCCCCUGGCAACCUUUACCUCACGCGGGCAGGGGAAUAUGUGGACUUGGUUGCUGGUCGGAUAGGUGGAAAUUCGCGGCUGACAGAGCGUGGGCAGGCGUACAGCGAAGCACUUUUUGAAUACUUUCAACGGGAGGUUCAGAUGAAUAAGUUUACGGUUAUGAGUAGUUGUUCGAUUCGCUGCACCGAAACAGUGCAGCACUUUGAAGAGCAGAGCGCGCUGCAACAGGGCGGCGCCGCGAGCGCACGCAGCGAAGCUGUGAAACUGAAUUGUCGCGUGGCAUACCUUCCCACCCUUGACAACGUGAAUCAUGGGGACUGCGACGGACAGCUUUUUUCCGACGUCCGCAGGACAAUGCCAGGCACACUGCAGCAAAUGCAGGCAGACCCCUACCACACCGCAUGGCCCAACGGCGAGUGUGUGCACCAGCUUUACAACGCCCGUCUUGAGCCGCACAUUCACGACCUUCAAGCCAGCACCGAGCCCGUUCUCGUGGUCUCGCACCUUGUGGUGCUGCAGGGCCUCUACUCCUACUUUGUUUCCGAGAAUGACAGGUUUGUGGCCCCGCAAAACGCCUACCAAAUCGAAAUUCCCCUAGAGAGUGUCAUUAAAAUUCGCCGUGUGGGAGUCAACCGCGUCGCGGAUGUCAUCGACCUCUCGAAGGAAGUGGACGAAAUUGAACGGCGCCGCACCGGGAAGGUGACGAAGCCGACGAAGCGCGGCGAGCUGGACAUUUUCUCCGACCCUGCGAAAAGGGCGUGGGAGGAGGUGCGGUGA